AUGGCGUCUCCCGACGACCUUGCUAUCGUUCUACCUCCUCCUUCCUACCCAACCGACACAUACAAGGACUACAAACCCUUCGAUGACUUUUAUGAGCGAACUGUUGAUGAGAUUUUGGAUGAGGAUGCAAACCUUGAAGGAUUACGAGACACCGAUUGGCCAUUCUACUCCGGCGGUGAUGGAGCUGGAGAGUCACCAGCUUAUUCUUUACGGAAGGGAGUUUCCAACGAAGGAAACACACUCUCCCCAACGCCCAGAGCGAUAAAGAAGAGCAAGGCCAAAGACCUGACAGCGAAGUCCAACAAACCGAAGAAGAAACGUCCCGCAGCCAAGAGAGAGAUUACGGUCAUUGACCUUUGUAGCGAUAAUGAAUAUCCCGCGCCAGAGAAUAUGGAAAUCGGCCGUGACAAGACGAAGGAGCAAGGUGACCCUAAGGAGAUGAAUGGUAUCGGCAACCUCCAAACAGAUACUGCCUUGGAGGAUGAUUCUGACGGCACAUUGGACUUUGUUGAUGCCAUGGAGAGCCAGGAGGACUCUGCCAAUGUGAAUAUCGUCAAUAAAAAAAGCGUCGAACCCGGCCCUGUCGAUGUGGAGGCCGUGGAAGCGAAUGUUGCUGCAGGUGAUGAGAUUGAUGUAUCCCGAACUACGACUACCAAGAGAGUGAGGCACAGGCACUCAAUGAAAGGCUCCAAAGAGGAAAAAAUCAUCUUCUCCUCCGUUUCAGAAUCUGUGAGAGGCGAAGUGCUGGAGUUUAUUGCGGAACAUCCCUUCAUGUCUCGAUUCGUGCAACCCGUGAGACGCUCCGCGAAGCGUCAGUUCAUCAAGGAAAUGUGCGAUCAAGCGGAAUCAAAGGGGUUGGAUCGUUCAGUGCUCUAUGACUUAAUCAAGUACGUGCGCAGGCUUUAUCUCGAUAGUGCCGGGGUCGACGCCGAACCCCUUGCGCCUGACUGCAACGACAUUCCCUUUGGACAGGAAAUUGACGACGAUUCUACGCCGAAUCCUCCAUCUCGAAAAAGUCACAAAAGAAGUCGCAAGGAAAGGUCUCCGGGGAUUAAGAACAAGAGCAGCAAGAGGCGUUUACUUGAUGUUCAAAAGCCCCCGCACCCAGUCUCUGUGCCGGAGGCCAUUGAAAUUGCCGAUGACUGUACCGGCCCAUUGUCUCCGGAGCUUCCAGAUGUCCUAAGCUGCACCAUAGAUGAAAAAGUCACAGUUAUUCAAAUCCAGAGCACCCCUGAUUCACCUAUUGGCCCUGCCGUUGCCGUCUCCGAUGGUGCCAAAGUCCAGAAUAAUGUUUUCGAUCCUCCUGUGAUUGAAAGCACACCUGAGCUACCAUCUCAGCCGCUUGAUCUUCAGAAUCAUGAAAUUUGUGAAGAUACUACGAUAGUUCAGGUCGAGAGCACUCCCGAGUUGCCCCUUGAGCCGGGGAGUGCCACUGUAUCCCACACCACAGAGACAAUUCAAACAGAGGACAAUGUCAAGUCAACUCUCACAAUCGAAGAGACGAUUCCUGCUCCUGAUAACGAGGAAGGGUCUGAAGAUGCUCAAAUGUUCAACAAAAUCGCAAGUGUGGGAGACUAUGCAAAUGAUGAGGCUAUGCCAGAGAGCCUGUAUGAGCCAAGGAUUUCACUCCAGACCGCGACAGACAAUAAGCCUACGUCAACGAGCUUGAAUUCAACAAUCGAUUCAGAGACGAACAAGAAUCUUCCCGCUCACCUUUCGAAGACCCAGAAAAGAAGAGCAAGAAGAAAACUCCUCAAGCAAGCUGUAGAGGAAGAGAAAGCUACCGAGACGAUGGAUGAUAUCCAGCCGGCUCUUAUGCUUCCAAAGAUAGUCGACUUCGGCGAUGACGAUGCAAACUCAGCAGCCCAAGACUCUGCCACCGCGAGAUCGGGAGUGGACGACGAGAGUGUUUCUUGCAACUCGGACAAAUCAAAUGGUCCACCCAAAGAUGCGACCGGUAUGAUCCAGAAGAACCUGUUCCUAGAUUUCCCCUCUGAACCGAUCAAUGAGGCGCCGAAAAAGCUGUCGAAGAACCAGCAAAGACAGGAGAGACGAAGGGCCAAGCGGGAGAAAAAAGAGAAAAGAAUCCAAGAGAGGAGGGAGAAAGAGUUGGAGGCGGAACAACAGUCCGCGACCUCCUGGCUCAAGCAUCACAACAAACAUGAUACCCAAGAUACCCCGAUGCAGACAUUGCAGGCGAAAAAAAUCCAAGUUCCCAAGGCUUUGCCAAAACGAAAAGUCAUAGAUCCCGAGCCCAGGAAAGAAAAGAAACGGAAGGAGCGCGAGCACAAACGCGAACAGAAGAGAGAGCGGAAGCGGAAGAGAGAAUCUUUGAAGCUCGAACUCGAAAGCGAAUUCAAUGACGAUGAUCAAUACCAAGAAGAUCUGCCUGCGGACAAGGACCUCGAGCUCGAUGGGCAAGAGCUUGACAGCCAACUCAAGAAAAAUGGGAAGCAAGAGCGGAAGCGUCAGCGACAGUCUUUGGCAUUACCUCACGACAAGGGCGAUAUUGAAGAUGAUCCAACUUCAGGCAUCCAGCCCUCGAAUGGCUCCAUUGAGUCUCACACAGCCGCCAAUAUUCGCGAUGAAAACGAGGUGUCUCCAGAUUACGACGAGCGAAAGUCCCGAGUUCAAGUCGCACAAGAAACCCCCCAACCAGAGGAUCUAGUUAUGGAGAAGUCGAAUUCAGUCUCGACCCCUCAACCAACGACUCCGGCAACCAAAGGGCGGGCAAUCAUGUUGACUCCUCAAUGUAAUAAUUCUACGGCUGCGCCGAUGCUGACGUCGACUCCGAUAUCUCAAUGCACGAGCGCUUCCCGAUCGAGAUAUGGGCCCUUGUCACCUGAUCCGACCGAGUGGGACACAGAUUUUUGA